AUGAAUCGAUUUGAUCAUCACACAUCCUCUUCUUCGUUCCGAUCAUCCUCUUCACGCAAUAUUUUCUCUAUCUUGUUGGAUAGUAACCCCUUGAGUAAAGAUGUCCAAUUACACUUGUCCAAAGUCUAUGGAUUGUUAACGGUUUUGAUGGGCAUCUCGGCUUUCGGUUGUUACUUUUCCAUGUUUGUCUACGAGUUGAAUGUAUCCAUAUGCGCACUUUUGACCAUUGUUUUUAGUUUGUUGUUGUAUUUAAGUCCUUCAUCUCCAGGUGUACCCUUGUUGGAACAACGUUAUCGUUUGGGGUUGUUACUCACAUUAGGCUUCUUUGAAGGUGCUGCUUUGGCUCCGAUCGUGUAUUAUGCUCUCUCCAUUGAUCCAAAUAUUAUUUUCCUGGCCUUGUUGGCUACUACGGUCGUGUUUGUUUCCUUCUCUGCAGCUGCAUUGUAUUCAGAAAGAAGAGAAUUCUUAUAUUUGGGAGGCGUUAUUUCAUCAUUGACCUUAGUUUUAUUGAUUAAUUCCCUCUUUUACACGAGAUUUUCAUUCAACGUCUCUCUAUAUGGUGGAUUGAUCAUGUUUAUCUUAUAUGUGCUCUAUGACACUCAAAUGAUUGUGGAGAAGGUGAGCAUUGUGGGAUCCAAGAAUGCAGAUGCCAUUCAUCAUGCUUUGGAAUUAUUUAUUGAUUUUGUCCAAUUGUUUGUUCGAAUUUUGAUCCUCUUAUCUGAGAAGGAAAAGAAGAAGAAUAAUAAUAGAAAUUAA